AUGGGCAUGGUCAGAACCGCAUCUUCUCAUCCCCGUGGGACUGCUGCUGCUGCUGAUGCCGGUGUUAGUGGUGCUGGUACUGGUGCUACUGGUGGUAGUGGUGCUGGUACUGGUGCUACUGGUGGUAGUGGUUCUGGUACUGGUGCUACUGGUGGUAGUGGUGCUGGUGACGCUGCUGGUGCUGGUGCUGCUGCUGGUGGUGGUGGUGGUGGUGGUGUUGAUGGCACGGGUGACGCAGGAGUUGACUGGGAGUACAGUGCAGAUGGGUUCGACCAGUUUGGGGACGGUGAUGACUUCUCUCCAGCAGACGUCUUUGCUGAAAUCGGCCGGGCUGCUGCUGCUGGCAGUGGCAACAGUGGGGACGAAGGGGACUGGGAGAGGCACAAUCGAGGGCGGAUAGACGUGGUGGGCGUGGAGAGGCUGGGGUUGCAUGAGCUGGACGCCAAGGUGCUGGGUUUAAAGAGCCUCAACAUCCCCAAGGGGAAGGACCGGACAGAAGACGAGGUGUUUGACGAGGAAGUGAAGUUACCCUAA